UACUCAGUGUACAUGUUAUUAUACAGGUUGGUUGAAAAAGAUUCCAACAUUUUAUUUACCAAAUGAUUAACGUCAAUCUACCUGUUGUUGUUGGUUUAAUAAGCGAGAGAAAUUAACAGAGAACCUAAUCUUAUCUGAACAAUCAAUUCUAAUUGUGAUAAUUGUCUAUUUCCUAUUUUCUCACCUGAUAAAUUAUAUAUUUCUCAACAAUUUAACACCAAAAAUCGUUUUAUCCAUUUGUCUAUCCAACGUAUUAAUAAAAAUCAUCUUGUAAUUUAAACAUUCAUCUCUGUGUGUUAACAAUUAAAACUAUUCUAAUCUAAUUACUGUGAUCACUAUGGAAUCAGAAAAAGAUUACAGGGAGAAGCUUCUUCGUAUGGUUAAAAAAGAGGUUAAACAAAUCAUGGAGGAAGCAGUUACCAGAAAAUUUGUCCAUGAAGAGAGCAGCAGUAUAACCUCACUUUGUGUGGCUGUUGAUGCUUGUCUUUCCCAUGGACUUAAAAGACGAGCCCUGGGGCUAUUUAAAACCAAUUCAACAACAGCAUUGUUACAAAAAGUUGCCAAAAAUUUUGAACCAGCAGCAAUUGUUUAUAAGGCUGUUAUUCAAAUUGAAACCUCCGAUCCAAGCAAACGAACCUCUUCCAGCAGCGAUAGUACCAAUCAGCUACGAAACAAGAUAAUCACCAACAGUCCGACCAAAACAGCGCGUUACCUUUGGAUACGAGUCGCUUUGUUUGAGAAACAAUUAGUGGACAUCGUGACCCAUGUGGUCACUAAUCACCACCAGUAUUAUGAGAAAGAGGCUUUGGUUGCCGACCCAGUGGACGGACAAAUACUGGCCUCUCUUUUGGUCGGUCCUUGUGCUCUCGAUUAUUCAAAGAUGAAAACUCAAGAUCACUAUUGGACUGAUCCACCAGCCGAUGAAUUAGUUCAACGUAAUCGUUUGGUUAAUCCAAAUUCAAAUGGCCCAUCGACCCCACCAGUGGGUAGAAAACCUUUAGGUUUACCCUUUCGUCGUGGACCAAUCAGCGAUUCACGAAUAUCAUCUUCCUCUGAUGAAAAUCUCCGAUUAUCUUCAUGGUCACCAAGAGAUUAUGUUGAAUCUUUACACCAGAAUUGUAAGACUACUUUACUCUAUGGGAAAAACAACGUUCUCAUCCAACCAAGGGAAAAUCUAGAAGCAAUUCCUGGUUAUUUAUCACUCCAUCAAACUCCAGCAGGAUUAGUAAUCAAAUGGACACCUAAUCAAUUAAUGAAUGGAUCAGCAAGUCUUGGUGAAGGUUCACCCAACGAGAACACAACUAAUUCAACCUCAACCUCACAAUCAACAGCAACAAUUAACAAUAUAAACACACCAACAACAACAACAACUUCAUCUUCAACAGCUCAAGAUAAAAAUUUCUGGGACUAUGCGAUGACCGUUAAUGUUGAAGAUAUUGUUUAUCUUCAUUGUCAUCAACAAGAUUCCUGUGGAACCGUUGUACUUGUGGGCCAAGACGGUGUCCAGCGAUCACCGAUAAGAUUUCCCAAAGGAGGUCAUUUGUUGGCCUUUUUAUCGUGUCUCGAGAAUGGACUUGCCCCUUAUGGUCAAAUGGUUCCUCCACUUUGGACACGAAAGGGAAAAGGUAAAGUUUUCCCAAAAUUGAAGCGUAAAAAUCACCGAAAUAUUUACAAUGCAAGUAAAAGUGAAUCGGGCUCAUCUUCAGAGGAAAAUGAAACAACUGAUUACGUUUUCCGAAUUGUGGCCUCAUCCGAUAAACCAGAGACAAUUUCUCAAGAAAUGUUCGACCCGAAAACAACUAAAUCAAGCUCAUUCCUAUGGAGAGCUCGUAAUGGUCUACAAGAUAAAACUGCUUCUAAUUCAUCUUCAACCUCAUCAACUUCAUCAACAAGUAAAUCGCUAAGUGAAGACAAUACAAUUGACGUUAAUUCAACAAUUAAAACUAUUGCCCCUCAACAAUCAAUUCCAACUGAUAAAUCUAUCAAGAUACUUUGUGACACGAUGAAAAGACAAAUCAUUUCUCGAGCAUUUUAUGGCUGGUUGGCUCAUUGUCGACAUUUACGAACCGUUAGAACUCAUUUAUCGGGCUUGGUUAAUGCGAUUAUAAUUCCUGUAGAUAAGCCAAAUGAUGCAUCAAAAGGGUUGACCAAAGAAGCAUGGGAAUCAUUUCAUGAUGAUAACGGACGAAUUACUAAUCCAGAUGAAUUAAGACGAUUGAUUUAUUAUGGUGGCAUUGAUCAUGAUCUACGUCGACAGGUUUGGCCUUACCUUUUGGGUCACUACGAGUUUGAAUUUACUUCAGAAGAGCGGACUGAACGUGAUAAGGAUGUCAUUCAACAUUACGAAAUAACAAUGACCGAUUGGUUAGCUGUUGAGGCCAUUGUCCGACAACGAGAUAAAGAGAUCAUGGCUGCUAAUUUGGCUAAAUUGUCAUCAGAAUCAAACAAUAGUACAGAAAUGCCGUUGAUUGGACCUAAAGAGACAAACAAUUGUUCAGGUGAAGUUUUCACUGAUUUUUCUGAUACUGAAGAAAGUGGUGAUGACGCUGGCGAUAAAAGGACUGAUAAAUCAGCUGGUAAACCAGGUAAAGAAUCAAAAUCAUCUGAUAAAAUUAAGUUAACCUCCAGGGGACGAUCAGUUGAUUCAGUUCAUGGUGAAGGUAAAGGUCGACGUAAAAAAGUUAGUCCAAGAGACUGUUUAAAGCGACAACGGCAAAUAGGAAGUGAAACAAGUUCAGGUCAAAACAUAGUUAUUACUAAUCCGUCAGUUGAUUUAACCCGAAGUUACAAAUCAGAGGAGACGAUUAGUAAAUCAGAUAAUUUAGAAAACGAUACAACCGUUAACGAUGACAAAGAAAACAAGGACUCGAAUUCAAUUAACGAUCGAAAUCUCGGUCUAGAACCAGGUUCGGCUUGCAUAUCACCAGCUUCUUCCAAUGGCGGAGUCUAUCCGAAUGAAUUACUUGAUCUAUUUUCCUUGAAUAUCCAUCGAAUCGACAAGGACGUUCAACGAUGUGAUCGUAACUAUUGGUACUUUAUGAACAAAGAAAACCUCGAGAAAUUGAGGAACGUAAUGUGUACCUAUGUUUGGGAACAUCUUGACCAGGGUUAUGUCCAGGGAAUGUGUGACCUUGUAGCACCUUUAUUAGUUAUAUUCGAUGACGAGGUAAAAUCUUACAGUUGUUUCUGUGAAUUAAUGAAACGCAUGGUUGCUAAUUUUCCCCACGGAGGUGCAAUGGACACUCACUUCGCGAACAUGAGGUCACUAAUACAAAUACUGGACAAUGAGAUAUUUGAUCUAAUGCAUCAAAAUGGCGACUAUACUCAUUUCUAUUUUUGCUAUCGUUGGUUUCUUUUGGACUUUAAAAGAGAAUUGCUUUAUGAGGAUAUUUUCAGGGUCUGGGAGGUCAUUUGGGCCGCUAAGUUUGUCGCCUCAGCUCAUUUCGUCCUCUUCAUCGCUCUCGCUUUGGUUGAAUAUUACAGAGACAUUAUUUUGGAAAACGACAUGGAUUUUACUGAUAUAAUUAAAUUUUUUAAUGAAAUGGCGGAGAGACAUGAUGCUAAAGCCGUACUUAAACUUUCCAGGGAACUGGUUCUACAAAUUCAAUCGUUAAUGGACAAUAAUUAUAAUUAUAACUAAUUACAUGAGAUUAUUUGUGUAAAACUAAAUCUUAAUUUUCUUGCGUCUAAAUGAUUUUAACUAAAUGUCUUUUGAUCUUUUAUCUAAUUGAUUUGAUUGAAAUAAAAAUUUCUGUUAUUUCUGA